AUGCUUUCUGGUUUUGCCGUCGUCCUUGUGGCAUCUUGCCUUGGCGUUGUUAUCCUCGCGACGAGUAGCAAGCAGCGCGAGGCCUUGCUGCAAAGAUUGGGCCUCACACGACAAAAGUCAAGACAUCAUUCUCUCACGCCUUUGCGCGAGCUCUCGGCAGAAAGGCAAGGUCUCCCUCCUGAUAAAUCACCGCAAUAUCCGAAUUAUGAGUCUGUCUUCCCUCCAAGUCGAAGACACGUUCUGGGCGACCUCAAGGACGACGCUUUAGAGGGACCCGGUAAAACGGCCAGAGAAUUGGGCGAUGAGCCUCCGAGUUAUGACCAUCUGCUUCCCGAUAACGCAAAGGCUGACGAUGAGGCGCUACUCGAUCAUGUUACUGCGACUGGGUUCUCCCUUCGGGACGUCAAGCGGCUCGGCGAUUUCCCCGACUAUGCCACACUAAGUGGGAUCCCUUUGCCCUCCGCGUACAAGGAAUUCGAUAUCAAGACGGCGCUUCCGAGACCUUAUCGGCCUUUUCGAUGGGCCUACCACCAGACUAUGAGCCUCACGAAGAUGGAACCGGACUGGUGGCUCGAGCUGGAUCGCAACUACGUGGACGUGAUCCGACAACGACGAGAACUCUUCCAAAAGCACGGCGAAGGCGUCCUCCAAGCCCUCCCCGGCUCAGAGUUAGCUUGCAAAGAACUGAUGGAAAUGAGCCUCCAAUUCCUCUGUGCCCGGUAUCCGCACUACUUCCAUCUCGACGCACAGAACAAGACCUUGCACAACGAAAUCUUGCAGACCCAGACCGACCUGCAAACCACGGCUCCUCUGCACGUGCUCUUACACAACCUCCCCGAAGACUUCGCCCUCAUGCUCCGCGAGCCGCAGACGGGACUCUACAGCCUCCGCGGCGGGCUCGUCGUGAGUAGUCUAGGCUGGAACCUGGCCUCCAAAGCCGGUCUCCGACUCCACGAGAUCCACGCGCGGAUUCCAGAUUACAGGGCCAAGAUGCAAUUCUCCAUGGAUCGCUAUUUUGCAAAGCAACCCACGGAUAGAGCCAUCCAGCGCGGAUCGUGGGGUCUGGAAAUCGAUCGACCGCUCUACAUGCCCCCGGGGGUUCCCCACGAACGCCUCCGCGAGAGGCAGGAUUCGGCAUACACGAUGGAUAGGAUUCAUUUGCGGGUGGAUUGGCAGACGCUCAGGCGGUUACCUCUGAGUGGGGCGGUGGUGUUUAAUUUCAAAGGGUUGUUUACGCCGAUGGAGGAAUUCCGCGAUGAGGCGUAUAUUCCGAGCUUGGUGUUGCAAGUCUUAAGGGAGGGGAGGGAGAAUCUGAUGGAGUAUAAAGGGACGUGGCAUACGGAACAUGUGGCGAUUCCGGCGUUGGAGGCGUGGGAGAGGGAGCAGGUUGAGGCGGGAUUGAUGGAGGAGGGGUGGGAGCCGCAUACGUUGGACGAGAGUCCUUUCUUUCCUGGCUGGGAGGAGAAGUGGCGGAGGCAGCAGGGGUUCUGA